AUGGCAACGGUGAAGGAACAGCGCCAGGAUAGUCAGGCACCAAGUCCCAUCAUACGCCCUGCAGCUUCAAAAUGGAACACCGAAGACUUGGGCAAGCGGUUCAGUGUUGAUGUUGCGAGCGCCGCAACAGCUGGCGCACUGACUUGUCCACUCAUCACAAUUAUUGAUCGUGCCAUCAUGGAAAAAGCUUCAAAGGGCUUCCCGAUCAGCCAGACAAUCAACAACUGCCUCCGGUCGAUGGUCGCUCGACCCAGUGCCUUCUUCUUCAGCACGCCGUUCCUCCUCAUUUAUACCCUGUACACCUCGACCUACCUCACAGCAAACACAAUCGAUACCAUCCGGUCCACAACGCAUAAUGAGCCAUAUAAUACCAUUGACACAGGUCUGCCUAAGUUCUUCGCGACGACAAUAGUUAACAUGACAAUCUGCGUCUAUAAAGACGCGCGCUUCGCCAAAAUGUUCGGCGCUUCUCCUCCGUCCCAAUCGCGAGCUACAUCCGGGACUCUAAACACAAAUUCAAUCCCCGGAAAGCACGUCUCGGCCCUCCGCGCAUCCCACUCUUCCUCCACACCCACAGCGCCUGCCCUCCAAAUCCCCAAGACCUCCUACGCUCUCUUCUGCCUCCGCGACAGCAUCACAAUCUGGGCAUCCUUCAACAUCCCUGCCCUCCUCGCGCCCUCAAUUCCAGAUUUCCUUGCCUCGAGCUCUACCAUGAAGUCUAACAUCGCACAAUUCGCCUGUCCUGCCGCAAUGCAGUUCGCUAGUACGCCCAUGCACCUCCUCGGCCUAGAUCUAUAUAAUCGCCAGCCGGUCGGAGGACUGCGCUGGACAGACCGUGCGGCGAGGAUUCGUCGUGAUUAUGUGCCCAGUUGCUUUGCGCGCAUGGGGAAGAUCGUUCCUGCAUACGGCGUUGGUGGUGUGGUCAAUGUGCGGAUGAGAGAUUAUUUGAUGAAAAGAGUUGAAAAGGGGUGGUGA